AUGGAGCUAAAGGAUAGAAAAAAAAGAGAAGCUGAUAUAGAAGUAUUACCAAGUGUUUUAGAGAUCAAGCAAGAACUACAUGUGGACAACCAGCCAUAUAUUGUCAAUAUAAUUUCAUCUGAAUACAUAAAACAAGAGGAGUUUACAGAAACUGAUGAUACAAAAGCAAUUGUAUUGUCAACAUGUGAAAACAAAAAUCAUGAUUUAUUAUCAGAAUUUACAACACAUGUAGACAACAAACCAGAUAGACUUGAUAAUGAUAUAUUUUCUGUUUUUGAAGAUAUAAAACCUGCUGGUUUGAAUGCAGGUUUAAACAUAUCACUAGAGACAACUCUUAUUGACAAUAUUGCUAAUAUAAAGACAGAGAUAUCAACUGAUUCAUCAGAGCUUAAGGAUAUGUCUAUAAAUAACAAUGAAAAUCCAACAUCUAUUCAGGUUGUAUCAUUACAGAAGUGUAAGAAGAAAAACUUAAAAUCUUCAAUGUUUAAAACUCUUCGAGUAAAAUGUAAAGAAUCACACACAGAUGUGAGGUCAUAUGAGUGUAAUGUGUGUCAUAAAAACUUUGCUACAAGAAGUAAACGAAAUCAACAUAAAUCUAUUCAUUCAGAAGAGAUGAUUUGUGGGUGUUUUCUGUGUAAUCAAAGGUUUCCUUUAAAUAGUAAACUCAACCAACAAGUUCACAAAAUAGUGAGAGCACAAAAGUGUGAUGUGAACCAUAAAAUGUUAGGUUCAAAGAACAAACUAAAUCAACAUAAAGCAAUUCAUUCAGGACAGAGGCUGCAUAAGUGUGAUGUUUGUCAUAUAAAGUUUACUAGAAGAAGUAACCUAAAUAAACAUAAAGCUACACAUUCAGUGGAUAAGUCACAUGAGUGUAAUAUGUGUAAUAAAAAGUUUGCUACUAGGACAUAUCUAAAACAACAUAAAGCAAUUCAUUUAGGAGAAAGGUUACAUGAAUGUGGAGUCUGUCAUAAAAAAUUUACUACAAGUGGUAAUCUAAAUCAACAUAUAUCUAUUCAUUCAGCGGAAAAGUCACACAAGUGUGAUGUAUGUGAUAAAAAAUUUGCUUCAAAGAGGUAUCUAAAUCAACAUAAAGCUAUUUAUUCAGGAGAGGGACUACAUGAAUGUGAUGUAUGUCAUAAAAAAUUUAUUAACAGGACCAACCUUAUUAAACAUAAAGCAGUUCAUUCAGCCGAAAAGUCACAUGAGUGUGAUGUAUGUCAUGAAAAAUUUGCAUCCUGGACUUACCUAAAUCAACAUAAAGCAAUUCAUUCAGAAGUAAAGCCACAUAAAUGUGAUGUGUGUCAUAAAAGGUUUUCUAGAAAGUCAUACCUAAUGGAACACAGAGCAAUUCAUUCAGCAGAAAAGAAACAUGAGUGUGAUGUAUGUCAUAAAAAAUUUGCAACAAGGACUAACCUAAAUCACCAUAAAGCUAUUCAUUCAGAAGAGAGGCUAUAUGAAUGUGAUAUGUGUCAUAAAAGGUUUUCUAGAAAGGCGUACUUAAUGGAACACAUAUCAAUUCAUUCAACAGAAAAGUCUCAUGAGUGUGAUGUAUGUCAUAAAAAAUUUGCUUCAAAGAGGAAUCUAAAUAAACACAAAGCAAUUCAUUCAGGUAAGGGGCUACAUGAAUGUGAUGUGUGUUGUAAAAAGUUUUCUCGAAAGUCCUACCUAAAGCUACAUAAAUUAAUUCAUUCCACUGAAAGUUUACAAGAGUGUGAUGUAUGUCAUAAAAAAUUUGUUUCAAAGAGUCGUCUAAAUCAUCAUAAAGCAAUUCAUUCAGCACAAAAGUUAUAUGAGUGUGAUGUCUGUCAUAAAAAGUUUACCACCAAGGGUAACCGAAAUCUACAUAAAACAGUUCAUUCAGAAGAAAAGCUACAUGAAUGUGAUGUGUGUCAUAAAAGGUUUUCUAGAAUGUCGUACCUAAUGGAACACAGAGCAAUUCAUUCAGCAGAAAAGUCUCAUGAGUGUGAUGUUUGUCAUAAAAAAUUUGCAAAAAGGACUUACCUAAAUCAACAUGUAGCUAUUCAUUCAGUAGAGAGGCUACAUGAAUGUGAUGUAUGUCGUAAAAAGUUUUGUCGAAAGUCCUACCUAAAGCUACAUAAAUUAAUUCAUUCCACUGAAAAGUUACAAGAGUGUGAAGUAUGUCAUAAAAAAUUUGUUUCAAAGAGUCAUCUAAAUCACCAUAAAGCAAUUCAUUCAGGAGAAAGUGUACAUGAAUGUGAUAUGUGCCAUAAAAAGUUUACUACCAGUUAUACUCUAAUAAAACAUAAAGCAAUUCAUUCUGCACAAAAGUUAUAUGAGUGUGAUGUCUGUCAUAAAAAGUUUACCACCAAGGGUAACCGAAAUCUACAUAAAACAGUUCAUUCAGAAGAAAAACUACAUGAAUGUGAUGUGUGUCAUAAAAGGUUUUCUAGAAUGUCGUACCUAAUGGAACACAGAGCAAUUCAUUCAGCAGAAAAGUCUCGUGAGUGUGAUGUUUGUCAUAAAAAAUUUGCAAAAAGGACUUACCUAAAUCAACAUGUAGCUAUUCAUUCAGCAGAGAGGCUACAUGAAUGUGAUGUGUGUUGUAAAAAGUUUUCUAGAAAGUCCUACCUAAAGCUGCAUAUAAAUUAA